GUGAGCUACUGAUCCAAUAGGCCCACUGUAUUCGGUUAAAACCCAAUUUUCCCAAUUUCCACACCUAAAAGGAUCGAAUUGAAAUUCCAAUUCCAUCAUCAGCCUUGUUAUUUGAAACCCCUGAUUCUUCUGUCCAAGUUCAAUUGUUUGUAAGUUGAGGCGUUCGAAUCAGAGAUCGAUAGCAAUGUCGACCGUGGAGUCUCCGAGCGCUGUUAGAAAAGUGGUUGUACAUCUGAGAGCUACUGGUGAUGCCCCUAUACUGAAGCAAGCCAAAUUUAAGAUUCUUGGAACUGACAAGUUUGCGAAAGUGAUUGAGUUUCUAAGAAGGCAACUUCACCGGGAUACGUUGUUUGUGUAUGUCAACAGUGCAUUCUCGCCAAACCCAGAUGAAUUGGUGAUUGAUCUCUAUAAUAAUUUUGGUUUUGAUGGUAAACUGGUGGUCAAUUAUGCUUGCUCCAUGGCAUGGGGCUGACACUCAUGUUUCGGCUGACAGUACCUAUUGAUAGUGUGAACACGAAAUUAUUCCUUCCGCACAAGACAAGCAAAGGGAGCAUGAGUUGCUGUCCAUUGAAAAAAAAUUCGGACCAGGGAGAGAUGAAGAUAUUUCAGUACUUUUUUUCUUCUCAUUGUAUAUAUGCUAUGAUUACUCUUGGUUGGGAUGUAACUGUCUACUUUUGUUACUUUUUCCAUAAAUCUAGAUGUAAAGGCAAAAAUUUGAUAUAUACUGGUUCAAACAAUUUACCUAUAUUCCGUAUUUGAAUGACA